UCAGAAGAGACAAGAAGAAGAAGAGCAAACCAGCAAUUGACGCCAUCAUGAAGGUGCUCGUGGUUCUUGCAUUCAUUGCACUGUCUGGUUGCCAUGCCAACCUCUUCUAUGCCGAUGAGCCCAAGCCGCAGCUGGAGGUGCUGACCGAUGCAUUCUGGGACUAUGUGGCCAAAGCAACCCAAACGGCUGAUGACACUCUCCAGAUGAUCAGGAAAUCGCAACUUGGACAGGAAGUCAAUGCCCGUCUCACGCAGAGCGCUGACGUGGCUAGCCAGUAUGCAGUCACUCUGCAGGACCAGCUCCCCCCACUGGCCCAGGACCUCGUGGCCAAGAUUAGCCAGGAGGCAGAGGUGCUGAGGGAGCGUCUGAGCCAGGACCUGAGCACUGUCAAGGGCAAACUGGAGCCUUAUGCUGAGGAGAUGAGGAGCCAGAUCCAGCAGAGGGUGGAGCAGCUCAAACAGGAGCUGGCCCCCUAUGCAGAGUCCCUGGACUCAGAGACCCUGAAGACCACCUUGGUCCAGAAGAGCGAGGAGUUGAGGAGCAGCCUGGAGCAGAGUGUCCAGGAACUGCAGACUCAGCUGGGCCCCUACACAGAGGAGCUGAAGGAGAGAGUAGACUUCCACCUGCAGGACUUCCAGAGGCGCGUCACACCCAUGGCCGAAAAGGUUCAGAUUGAGCUGACCCAAACAGCCAAACAGAUGAAGCAGAUGGUGGCGCCAUACGCCGAGGACCUGAGGGAAAAGCUGGACCCCUACGCCCAGGACCUCCAGGCCCAGCUCACGUCCCUCUACCAAUCUUAUGUCAACGCCAAUUAAAGUCAGCCAUCAAGUAUAUCGCCUGACACACGGGCCUUGCUUGGUCUACCUCUGCUGAACCCAGUGAAACAUAUGAAGUAGUCGUGUGUUACCCUGAACUCUACCAUAAACCAAUUUAAACAGGGCGCAUGCCUACCACAUAGUUAUUUAUUGUUUUGUGCAAGGGGGAGGAAAUGCAAUGCCAACCUUUGCACUUAUCAAACUUGUACAUACUUUGAUUGCUUUUACCUUGCGCUGUUUAGUAUGAUUGUAACCUUUUUUUAAAAAAUUAUAAGGAAAUAUAAAGGAAAAAUAAACCUGUA